AUGAAGCUUGGCCGUGACUCUGUGGUUCUGGAACUUCGGCAGGAGGUGGAGCAAAGGGAAGAGCGGCUGCAGCAGUUGGAGGAUUUGGUGCUGAAGUUGGACAAGGAACGUCGACGGCUCCAAGAAGAGGCAGACCGAGACGCCUUGGACGCCAAAGAUCUGAUGGAGGAGGUCAUGAAGCUCUCCAACGGCGACACGCAGGCACGUGAUCAGGCAGGCACUCACGAGGUUCAUGGGCGACUCGCAACGGCCAGCGUCCAGCUCCGUCUGGCGCGCUUGGAUUUGGCCACCGUCAAAGCCAAGGGUGCGGCCUUCGCAGAUUGUGUGCCGCGGACCUGGCAGGAAACGACCGAGGCACCUAGCAGUGCCUCCCAGUCCUUGAGUGCUGCCUUGGCCAUUGGCGCCUGCGCCAGGGCUGCCGAGAGGCUGCUCUUCCGCCUUGAGGCGCUCGGACGGCACGCCGCUGCCUCGGGACAGCGCGGAGCCAAGCUGCGCAUGGAGAUGUGCGAGGUGGCCUGUGUGGCCUUCCGCUGUGCAGCAGCUGUGGCAUCCGUCUUGGAUGCAGGUUUGGUUGGAGAGAACACAUCAAUCGAAGCGACCAAAAAAUUGGAGGCACAGUUCAAGCGAGUUGAGCAGAAAACAAAGGAGCUGAUGCACAAGAAAUGGCCCCUGGACUCCCCCAGUCAGGCCCUGAACUGCCUGCAAGAGGUUGAAACUUUGACUUCUGAGGUGUUGAAGGGCGGCCUAAGCGUUCGAGGAUUGUGCUAUCAAUUUCAGCGAUUUCAGGUGGCCUUCGCCUACGGCGUGGCCUCGAAACGCGCCACGAAGCAUGCUGUCGAAGCGCCGCCCAGCGAGGCAGCAAAGCCCGUCCAAGAGGAAAAGGUGGAGGAGGAUGGUGCGAUGGCAGCGCUGAUGCGAUUACAGAACCGGAAGAAGACACCGGAGGAAGCGCCCCCGGAGGGGCCAGUGGAAGCACCUGUGGCGCCCGCGCCAGUGGAGCAGCCCCAGGUGGAGCUUCAGCCGGAAGACUUCCAGGAGGACUUGUGGCCGGAGAUGGAAUUGCGAUUGCAGGUGGCGCAGCAAACAGGUGGUCAACACCGCGCUGCCGAAAGCGAGCUACAGCGCUUGGGCAAAGGUAUCGAGGUGGGCCUCGGAAAGUGUGCCACUGGGGAAGAAGAGGAGCCCAUCAGCUUCUGGAGAGCGCUCAAAGCCGCGUCCGACUACUGCCAGGCGUUGCUACCACCCUCCGAGACUCGCAUUGAUUUGCUCAGCAAGAAUGCAGAGGAAAGCUUAAGUCGUUCCUCAGCACGACUGGCCUCAGAGCCUCCGGCUUGGGCGGCGAGCAGUUUGGAGGUGCAGAGCCGUGUCGAGGAGAUCGACGAGAAGCAUCGAGAGGUUCAAGAGGCGCAGGAACAGCUGAAGGAGAAGAAGAAGCUGUUGAGUUUCUCGGAAGAGGAGAUGUUGAAGGCAGAGGAUCGAGGGAAGAAGUUGAAGGCCAAACUCAGCGCUAUGAUCGAAGCCCAGCAGACAAGUGAUGCUCUUCAGGCUGAAGAGGAGCAGCUGCGUCGGGACGUUGCGGCCAAGGCACAACGCCAGGCGCAGUUGGUCCAACAGAUCGAAGAAACCAAGGCAAAAAGAGACAAGUUGGAGCAACUUUACAAGGACGAGGAGAAGAAACGGAAGCAUUUGGAGGAGAGCAUCGACAAGAUGCGACAGCGUCCCAAGCAAGAUGAGGACGGUCGAGCCACAGCCCCCGAGUUCGCCGCCCUGCGGCUCUCGCAGCAGAAGGGCGCACGGGAGCUCUACGCCUUGCAGGUAUCAGGCAUGAACGACCUGGUCCCAUUGCCUGAGAGCAAGGAGGUUUCCUCAGCUGAGGAAUGUGUGCAGAAGUACACCACCUUGCGCAAGAGCCUCUUAAGGCAUUUGAGCAGCGCUCGCGUUCAGAGGCUCGGUGUCCGCAAUCCUGAGGAGGAGGUCCUUUGCCAGAGUGGAAAAGUUCAAGAGGGAUGCGCUUGCGAAAGCAGAUCAGGUCUUUGCCAGUCGGUUACAGGAGUUGCAUUUCCAACUGUCAGAAGCACGUUCCAGCCUCAAUGCCCUCGGACCUCUCUCUCCGCAGGCAAAGACCUUGGAAGCAAAGCCAGGCGGCGAAGCUGCCGAAGCCCUGACCAUGGCCUUCACCUUGCAGCCCCCGAGGUGGGCACACAUGAAGGUGCCAAAAGAACUCUAUUCAUCGAGUUGGUCUGACAUCAGAGAGAUCCACGUGGCUGCAGCGUGACCUCUUUCGGGGCUGGCAGAUGGUGGAGAUCCUGCAACAAGAUGCAGCAAGUCACCCCCAAAGCCUGGGAUAUAUUGGGAUGUUGUGGAUUUGGUAUCAUAUCAUGCAAGCAAACCAGCUGAGAGUUGAUAAAGUUGUAAGUUUGUGUACUUGGCUUGGAAGUGAUGCACUGGUACAGUUGCUCAAUGUUCUUAAAUAUUGUCCAGUUCUGCAACCUUUAGUUGCUUAACAUGGAGGGAGUAGGGCCAAAAAGCUGCCCAUAAAUGUCUUCAAGGACGCCAUUCGCUCGAUAGGCUGCAAUGUGUGAUACUCCAAAGACGAGUGUCGACUGUGAGCUCAGCCUACGGUACAGAUAUGCGAACUACAGAAAUAUUUGAUAUUAUUGAUAAAUA